AUGGAGAGGACCUUCUGUGUGGAGAGCAUCACUGGUGGGAGGAGGGAGCCCCUGAGCCUGCUGCCUCUGGAGGUAACUAGGAGCCAAGCCCCUCGCAGAGUUUGUUCCUGUCCUCCCCAGACCAACCUCCAGCAGAAGCCAGGAGAGCAGACCUCUGCAGAGGCUGCGGCGGAGCAGGAACUGCGGUGGCUGGAGCUAGGCUCCAAGAUGACCCUGGAAAACGGGAAGGAGGGAGCCCGCGCCCCGCAGGGCUGGGGUCGCCUGUUCCAGGCAGUGUGGCAGGGCCAGGCAGGCCUGGUGACACAGCUGCUGCGGCAGGGGGCCAGAGUGGACGACAGGGACAGCGCCGGCCGCAGCCCGCUCCACCUGGCAGUGCUGCGCGGCCACGCUCCCCUGGUUCACCUCCUGUUGAGGCGCGGGACCCCAGCGGGCGUCCGGGACAGCGCAGGGCGCACGCCGCUGCACGAGGCCGCCUGGCCUGGACACUCACAGCUGGCUGAGAUGCUGCUGCGACGCGGGGCCCCGGCGGCGGCGCGCUGCGGAGCGGGCCUCACGCCGCUGCACUGGGCCGCCGCGCUGGGCCGCCCGCUGCUAGCCAGCUGUCUGCUGGGCGCGUCAAGUCCGGGCCCUGCGGCGCUGGCGGCGACGGUGGACGCGCACGGCUGGACGGCGGCGCACUGGGCGGCAGCGGGAGGCCAGCUGCCGGUGCUGGAGCUGCUGUUGACUGCGGGCAGCGCGGGCCUCGAAGGCGCGCUGCACGUGGCGGCCGCAGCCGGGCGGGGGGCUGCGCUGAGCCUCCUCCUGGCGCGCGGGGCGUUUGUGGACGCCCGGGACGGCGCGGGGGUCACUGCACUCGGCAUUGCCGCCUCCCUGGGCAGCCGGCAGGAUAUAGAGGUGCUGCUUGGCCAUGGGGCAGAUCCCAGCCUUCGGGACAGGCAUGGCCGCUCCGCACUCCACAGGGCUGCCGCUGCUGGACACCUGGCCUCAGUCCAGCUACUGGUAGUCCACGGUGCGGAGGUGAAUGCUCAGGACUCACUGGGCCUCACGCCCCUGCACCAUGCUGCUCGGGGAGGCCACGUGGAGGUCGCCAGCCACCUCCUGGACAAGGGUGCCCAGGUCAAUGCUGCAGGCUGGCUUGGCAAGACCCCCCUGCACUUCUCUGUGGAGUCAUACCAUGGCCCCACCACAGAGCUUUUGCUGAGCCAAGGGGCCAACUCCACCCUGAGGACACAGUGGGGUGAGGUGGCCCAGGACCUGGUGUCUAAACAGAGCCUUUGCAGGGAGCAGAAGGAGUACUAGGGGCACACAGCCCCUCAGGGCCUCAAGCUUCUCCCUGAGGGCUGGAGCCUCCACAGCCAGGAUGGGACAGAGGCUCCUGGCCCCACAGCCUUCCUAGUUCUCCCAGGGCUUUGAUCUGGGUCUGAGGCUGCCUGGUGGGGUAACUGCUGAGAGACUCCUGGAGGAGGAAGAGGAUGAUAGAGGAGAAGAAGGAGGCAGUGUCCUGAGCCCCUGGACUCGGACCUAUGGCCGGACAGCCCCCAGCUCUGGAGGAGUGUCCAUCUCCACUACACCUCAGUCCUCUGCACUCUUUAGCAGAGAGACUGGGCCAUGCAACAGAUUUGACCACAACCCGAUGGCCUCCCUUCACCUUUCCGUGUCCAACCACGAGGGUGUCACAUGUGCCUUAGCUGCUGUUUCUGUACAUACAUAUAUAUAUACAUGUAUCCAUUGCUGUCAAGUCAAUUCCAACUCAUAGCGGCCCUAUAGGACAGAGUAGAACUGCCCCACAGAGUUUCAAGGAGUGCCUGGUGGAUUCGAACUGCCAUCCUUUUGGUUAGCAGCCAUAGCUCUUAACUACUACACCACCAGGGAUAGUUAUCUCUGACUAACCCACUGCUGUAUCCACAUACAAAAUCAUCCUUGUCAUUAUUUGAUUUAACAGUAUUGUUUUUGUAAGAGCAGCUUUA